AUGCCGACCUCGCCCACCAAGAUCAACAGAGCCUGGCAAGAGCAAUGGCUUGACCAACAAUGGGAAGGCAAGUCUUGGCUCCACGACGACGUCCGUUUGGCGCAUGAAAACCCCCCUAAGCAGAACGAACUCAGUGGCAGUGCAGUCGACUCCCUGGUCAAGAUCACUAAACUUGCGCAAGAAAAAGGCAUCGAGCUGCCAUCCCUGUGGAGUCAGGCACCACCCUACAAUGUCCUUUGGACCGGCGUUAGCCAGCAUCCCAGAGAGUCUCUCCGAUUGACUAAGGAAAUCGCGAGAGCCGCCCUCACCAAUCUCAAGGCAGUUGUGCGUUCUCAGAGUCCUCAAGAAGCUGGCGGCCCAUCAGAGGUAAUCACUCUAGAUUCCCAAGAGACUGGACCUGAUGCCUGUGUGUACGUCGGAAGUGACCAUGUUGAGAGCGACAGCAGCGAUGAUGACGAUAUCGAGGCCGUCCUGCGAAGCCCAAGCGUCAUCUUGGGUGGUUGCCCCGGGUCGCCAGCCAAAUCGCCAACCAAGGUCGUGGGAAACAACGACAAGCGAAUCUCUCCGAUCUCGGCUUUCAGUUACCAGGAGCCCCGAGAGCAGAGAUCAGCUGUUUCCAACAACCCCUCUGAACCCGGACCCCCACAAAUGAACAUUUCUCGUCAUUUCACCCUACCACCAGCUGUCACUUCGUCCAAGCGCAAAAGAGAGAAAGAAUCCAGUGCGAUGAACCCACAGCGAUCCACGAAGCGUGCCGAAACUUCUAAGGGAGAAGAGGAGGUGGUUGACCCCGCUAACACCAUUUAUAAGCAGCUCACCACCAAUUUACCUUUGAAACAAGGAAAGGUCAAAGUCCUCGACCCUCUCUGGUUCAAAGUUGACGGUACAACUGCUGGCCACAACAUCAAGCUCGACGGUUAUACUAUGCUUUGCUUCCCGAUCCAUCAUCAAAAGCCUAAGCAUUGGACCUUGGCCAUCGUCGAAAUCGAUCACGAUGCGAAGUCGAUGGUACUCAAUCACCAUGACUCGACCGAGGGCGAAGAUCGGUUCAAUGCCGUUCGCGAUAGCUUCCAGAAAUGGAAUGAGGCCGUCGGACACAAGUUUAAGCUGCGGUUCAACAGUGUCGCACCUUGCACUCCACAGAAGGAUAGCAUCAGCUGUGGAAUUCACGUCCUCUCCUGUCUACGACACGCUCUGACAAACAGACACUGCCCCAAAUCGCUCAACCCGAAUGGCGAGCGCAGAUACUUCAUCAAAAAGAUCAAGGAAUCUAAGUCUUACGACGGCGACUAUCCCCUACACGGAGUCAAGAAGAUGUUCCAAAAGCAGGAGCAUAAGCUGCUAGUGGAAUUGGCUCGAAAAGAGACGCCCGAAUCCCUCGAAUCGGAUAGACAUCUUGCGGCUAUUGCCGCAGACCGCGCCCGUGAUGGCCUCAAAGAUGCCCAGGCCACGCUGAGCCGCCUUCAGAUCGAGCAGGGCACUUUGGCCGAAGCCUUAAUUCGCCUGGAUGCUGCUGUCGAGAUUAAAUCCGAGCCCACUCGUCGUUUGAGCCUCGAACCCUUGGACCGUCUGCGAGGUGACAGCCAAGAGGCGCUUUUUGCCCACAUGAGUCAAUACACCAAAACGCUGAUGGACCAGAGCUUCGCCAAUGGGUCUGAGAUAGGCAGAAAGGUCGUUCACGAACAUUACGAGGAGACCGUUGAGAAACUGAAGCAAGCUGAAAAGGAUGUUGCCCAGAAACAAGAAGAACUUGACGAGGCCACAAAGGAUGUGGAUAUCAAGACUCAGAUGUGUGACCUGAAGGAGAACAUAAACAACAUUCUGAAACUGAAUGGGUCUUCUCUUUGGAACCAUUCUUUCGAGCGAGCAUCGAACUAG